GAGGAGGCGGGGCAAUGGACGUUAGGUUGCUCCUGAGUGACGUCACGGUUAGACUGUGACGUCAUGCUUUCCUAUUGGCCAGCAGCUCACUCAGGGACGACUGCUAUUGGUCGAGAUUUUCUCAUAGCAACAUUAUCCUAAAAAAAAAAAAUUCACGCGCCGCCACACUGCAGUGUUGCCAGAUUGGGCUACUUAUCGCAAAUUGGGCUACUUUUGGGUCUUCUGUGCUACUAAAUUUUGACGUUUGCGACUUGCUGCUUUUUGGACUACUUUGGAAUGGAGUUCAGUUACUAUAAAGAAUUAUUACCAAUUAAUUAAAAGACAUAUAUUCAUAUUUUUAUUGAAAUAAUUAGUAAAUGUGUAACAUCUAACUACUGAGUACAUAUUUUAUUGUAUUUAACAUAUGCAAAUUUUUUGGGCCGUCUUUGUGUGAGCAGAUUGAUAUCCUGUAAUUUACUCUUAUGUAUACAAUAUUCUGCCGUCAUAAAGGAGGUGAACAGGAUUUGGGCUACUUUUUCUGUGAACAUGCUACUUUUAGGGAACCCUUGUGCUACUUUUGAUGAGUUUGAUCUAGCAACACUGUGUGUUGCAUUGUUUUGAAUUUUUGGAUUAGUGUGGCGCGUUACCGAGGCUGGUGUGGUUGCACUGUUGUUGGUGCUUGAGUUACGUAUUGUGUAGGCCAUUCUCAAGACUGUAUCAUGGGCCCUAAGCGUCCUCGUACUACGUCUACACCUGAAAGUGUCCUUAAGAAAGCACGGUAUGUAAUGACAUUGAAGGAGAAACUUGAGGUGCUGGAUGAACUAGACAGUGGCCUGGGAGUUGCUGAAGUCGGUCGUCGGCACAAGUGUAAUGAAUCAACUAUUCGUGGGAUACGUGCCAUUGCUGACAAAAUAAGGAGUAGUGUUCGGUCAGCUACGGAUGUAAGUAACAAAGUGUCAUGUGUGAGUCGCCGAGAUCCCUUGAUAGAGAGGAUGGAGUCAGCCUUGGCACAGUGGAUGGAGGUUCAGGCUUUGCAAAAACAUUCAGAUGUGUCGUAUGGAACCGUAAGAGCAAAGGCUCUUAGCCUGUACGCGACGCUGCAGCGGGAAGAGCAGCACAAGCCUAGCACCAGUACCACCCCGCCACCUACUGAGUCAUCAUUUAGUGCCAGCAAAGGUUGGUUCGAGAGAUUUAAGAAACGGCAGUGUCUGCAUGGCGUAUUUCGUCAUGGUGAGAGUGGGUCAGCAGACACGGAGGGAGCAGCUACAUUUAAAGAAGACUUCUUGAAAUACAUCUCAGAGGAGGGGUACGUGCCGGAGCAGGUGUUUAACGCCAAUGAAACCGGCCUGUUUUACAAGAAGGUUGGCAGAAAGACUUACGUCAGUACAGAAAUCAAGAAGCUUCCUGGGUUCAAGUUGGCAAAGGACCGAGUUACCCUGUUAUUCUCCGGUAAUGCUGCCGGUGAUUUCAAGUGCAAACCGCUGCUAAUCUAUAGGUCACAGAAUCCACGUGCUUUAAAAGGGAAAAAUAAAGCACAUCUGCCUGUAUUCUGGCGGUCUAAUAAGAAGUCUUGGAUGACUGCAAGUAUCUUUGAAGACUGGUUUAAUAACUGCUUUGUUGGGGCGGUGGAAACGUAUCUUGCCAAGAAAAACCUGCACUUUAAAGCCCUCCUGCUGCUUGACAACGCUCCAGGACACAGUGCCCGUAACCUAACCUUUGACCAUCCGGCAGUGAAAGUGAUGUUUUUGCCACCGAACACGACAUCAAUAUUACAGCCAAUGGACCGUGGAGUCAUUCGAGCUUUCAAAGCCCAUUACACCCAUAUUGUGUAUGACCGCGCCAUCAAAGCCAUCGACUCAUCUACAACGGUUACUAUGCUCGACUUCUGGAAAAGCUACAACAUCCGGGAUGGGCUAGAGGUUAUCAAAGAAGCCUGGGACUGUGUGGACACGCAGACAAUGAACGCCUGUUGGCACCAGCUGUGGUCGGAUGUAGUGAAUGACUUCCGGGGGUUCGGCAUCGAGAAGGAGGUGAGGGCUAUCGUGACGUUGGCCCAGAGGAUCGGAGGCGAGGGUUUCACAGACAUGACCGAGGAGGAUGUUCACGAGCUCCUUGAUUCACACAGCGAGGAGCCUAACGACGAAGAACUCCUCGACCUGGCUGACAUGAUGCAGCCCAGUGCACAAGGUGACGACGCCGACGACGAGGACGAUGAGGAGGAGGAGCAAAAGCAACGCUCCUUGACAUUAAAAGGUCUACGAGACUUUUUUCACCACACUGAAUUGUUGGGUCAGCAGGCCAUGGAGAUGGACCCAGUGAUGGAUCGGGCAGCAAAAUUUAAGCGUGGAUUAGAAGCACUCCUUCUGCCAUACAGGGAGGCAUAUCGUCACCUACAGGGUACUGCCAAGCAGUCCACAAUCACCACAUUCUUUCGGCCUAAGUCUGCUUCUGUGUCUGUCAUCGCUGAGCCUCGUGCAGAGCCCCCUGUGAUCCGACCCCAAGGGAAAGACACAAAGCAGCCCUCCUCUAAAGUUGGGAAGGUGAAGAUGAAAGAGGAGCCAGCAGGAGACCAGACUUCAUCUAGCCAUUUGCCCUCCAGCUCACAGAAGCCCUCAGGAGUGAACAGUGUGUGCAAUCCCUCUGAAGAUGCUCUCUCCCAGUGUGACGAGAUUGGUAUUCAGGAGGAGGAGGAAGAGGAAGAUGUUUGCAUCAAGGAUGAGCCCAUUGAAGACAUCAGCCCACUCAGUAGCUGUGCCACCCUUGUCCCUGCAGUGAACUCCAAGCCAAGUAGCACAAGAGUCGAGGAAGACCACAGCAGGCACACUGGGCUGACAUUUGCCACUGGUGGUGGGCCGGCGCCUCCCUCAGUGCUGCUAGUGUUGCAGCCGUCCAUGGCCAUGAAGCGCGAGCCGCCAUCAGGCCGGGUGGUCAGCACGAAUCCUGGCUUGGGUUUGCUGGACGUAACUGAAGUGGAUACAAGUGGACCGAAAAAGAAGAAAAGAAAAGUGACUGAUUUAAGGCUCAGGACGGAAGACAUUGUUCAGCACGAGAAUGGUAAAUCUGCUUCCGCCAUCUUGGGCUUGUCGCAUCCCACCCUGCCUACCAUUCUAGAGGAUAAGCACCACGUGAGGGAAGCUGUGAAAGGUUUGGCACCCAUUAAGUCUGUGAUUACAACCAAGAAGCGGCAAGGGCUGAUCCCUGAAGUGGAUAAACUGGUCAUGACGUGGAUAGAAGGUCAAAUGCAGAGACGCUUGCCACUAAGUCAGCAGAUGAUUCAGGCAAGGGCCAGGAGCAUCUUUGAAACUCUGAAGGCGCAGUCAAGUGGAGAGUAUGGCAGCAAGUUCCUGACUUUCCUCGCAAGUAACGGAUGGUUCCAGAGAUUCAAGAGAAGAUUUCAACUCGACAACGUGAAUGUGAGUGUUGAGGCGGCCGGUCCAGACGUCUGUGCAGCUGAUACAUUUAGAGACUGGUUAGAUAACUUGAUUACCAGUGUGGGAUACCUGCCAGAGCAGAUAUUCAAUGUGGAUGAAACUGGACUUUACUGGAAAAAGAUGGCGGAAGGGAUGCACGCCCUUCGAGCCAAGACAGUGCCCGGACUCAAGGCUUACAAGGACAGACUGAUGUUGCUUUUGGGUGGUAAUGUGGCAGGGUUUAAGGUCAAACCCUACUGUAUUUACAGCCCAGAAAACCCUCCUCCUUUCAAGAACACUAGCAAGCACACCCUGCCCGUCCACCUCCGGAGCAGCGUGAAGGGUUGGAUGACAGAAGCAUUAUUUGAGGACUGGUUCCUAACAUGCUUUGUUCCUCAAGUGAGUGAGUAUUGCCUUGAAAAUUCCAUUCCUUUCAAGGUUUUGCUUCUACUGGUCAGCACACGAGGCCACCCAGCACACAUCGAUGACUUGCAUCCUAACGUAAAAGUAAUUUACUUGCCACCAAACACGAGUGCCAUUCUUCAGCCCAUGGACCAAGGUGCCAUGGCAACAUUUAAGGCAUUGUAUUUACGAGCAACAUUCACCCAGGCCGUUGCUGCGACAGAAGGCCAAGAUAUAACUCUUCGUGACUUUUGGAAACAGUACAACAUUCUGCAGUGCAUCGAGAACUGUGAUGCUGCGUGGGGGGAAGUGACAGCACAGUGUAUGAAUGAAAUAUGGAAGCAGUGUCUGAGUAGGUAUGUGCAUGGAUUGAAAGGAUUUGAAGUGGCUCAAGAGAUGAAUGAAAUUAUUGAAAAAAUUUCUAAAACAGCCAAAACUUUAGAGCUUGAAGUUGGUCGAGAAGAAGUGGAGGGCUUUGUGAACCUUGUGCCAGGAGAGUUAACGAAUGAAGAGCUGAUUGAACUUGAGGAGCAGAGAGUGGCUGAGGAACAAGACCAAGAGGAGGAAGAAGAGGAUGUACCUGAGAAGAAAUUCACACUGCAAGGUUUGGCUCAGGCAUUCACUGUCUUCAAUCAGGGCCUCAAAUUGCUUGAGAGUAUGGACAUGAAUGUUGAGCGCUUUGCCAAGGUCAACAAACAAAUCCAAGGAGCUCUCAGGUGUUAUCGGGAGAUUUAUGAUGAGAAAAAGAAACAGCAAAAGAAGUCUUGACAUCCUUCAGUAUUUCAAGAAAGCUCCCACAAAAUCUGCUGCACCUGACCCAGAAGCAUUGUUUUAUUUGUUGUAGUUGUCCUUUUAUAUGUCAUAUAGAUAUACAAUUAUGUAAAGAAAGCCUUGAUAAUA